ACUGUGGUAGAAUAGUUUUUUAGAUCUGACACACCGACACUUGCUCUUGUUAAUUUAGACGUAUAUUUCGAGUAUUGUGUAUAUUAUAUUAUUGAGAUGGUGACACUCCUAUUAAUGAUCUCCGUUGACAUCGCCGUACUUGAAGACUGUGAUAUAUUUGCCCCAUAGUAACUUCUUUUAAAAUUGACUUUGGGCCUUUGUUCUUUUACUUAUUUCUCGGAGUUAAACUCCGACAUAAGAAUUUAGUACUUUAGUUGAUUGAGUAUAGGUUUGAUUUUUCCACAUUAUAAUCAAUCUCCUUUCUUUCGAAAAACAAUUUAGUGAAAUUCAACUCGAAGUUGAAUUGUCAAUCAUGUAAAGUUUUGAAGAGUUGCAAAAUAAAUAGCUUAUCAAAAGCAUUCUACAUUAAAAGCUUAGCCUAUACUAUAGAACAAAAUAAUUAAUUAGGAAAUACAGUGGCUAAAAGAAGUAAAGAAUUAAUUAGAACAAAUUUAUUUUAUUUAUUUUGCAACUCUUCGAAACUUUACAUGAUUGACAAUUAUUUUCUUGGAUGCUUUACUUUGAACUACGUUAAAAUUCUAUUAAAUUUUCUCACUUUAGUUAGUAACUGUGUCAACUUUGACUAUGUGAGUUUAGCCAAGCAUAAUUAGUCUUAAAUUAGGAGAAAAAGGACAAAUAACUAGACCUUGACAGCAAAUGUAAAGACUUUUUAGCUAUGAAUUAUGAUGACCCUGUAUCCUUUACCAGCGACUGAUGGGGUUCAACCAAAAAGCUUUGCAACUAUGUAUGGUUUAUCAUCAUAUAAAUAAAAUUCAUCAAGGUGUGACCUAAUAAUUAACGAAAUUGACACAAAUAAUGAUUUCUUUUCAAUAUAUUUUAAGCUUUAGCAAAAAAAAUUAAUCGACAAUUAUGCUAUGAGGAGACAACAAGCACUUGAUGAGAGAAUUCAAAUUUCAUCUGUCCAUGUUAAUGAAAUUUGAGAUGUACCAAAAAUCACAAAUAAUAGAUAUUUGAAAGGGAAAAAAUUUAAGUUACACAAGGUUAUCCAUUAAAAUAAUAAAUACUUACAAAAUAGGGUAACUACGUUGUUCGAUACUUGCAUUGAAAUCUUGAUUUAAUUUGAAUCACGCUUAUUUGAGGAUGGCAAUUCCAAUAAAAAAAAAAUUAUACUUUAAGCUUGAACCCAAUAUCUCUGAUUAAGAAUGAAACAAUCGUACUAUCCAAACUUAUUUUUCUUUGGAAGAUGCUACUAUUAUUAAUUCUAAGUGCCACCACAUUCUUGUAUAAAUACUUUUCUUUUCUAUCUUUUGUUGUUCAUUCAGAGAAAGAAAGGAUAUAAACUAAACUUACGAAGUUGAGAAUUAAUUAUUUUUCACUCUCAUUAUCCCCCCUAAUUUUUAGUUAAUCUUUAAAUCCAUCAAUCAAUCUCUCUUCAAAUCAACAAUCAAGGGAAUCCAUGGCUCAACAGGAUGAAGGUUGGCCACUUGGGCUUCAACCAUUAAAUGUGAGAAAUCAUGGAUCAAUUUCUUUCAAUACUUUGAUUACUGCUUCUCCUUCUUCUUCUUCUCAUUCUCAUUCUUCUUCUGAUCUUGAUACUGAGUCUACUACUACAUCAUUCUUUCAUGACAAAAGCAUAACUCUAGGAAGCCUCAUUGGAAUUACAAGUAUUUUAGAGUUUUCAAGAAGAUCAACAAGAAGAAGAACAAUUGUGGAAACCAAAAUAAGGGAUAAUAACAACAACAAGAACAAGAAGAAGAAGAGUAUUAAUAUUAAUAGUAACAAAUCAAGAACUUGGUUGUUUUCACUUUGCUCAAAAUUAACUACUGAUGCAGUUAACAUAAAUAGCAUUAAUUCUGCCCCAUCUUUAGGCCAUUUUCUUGAAGAAGAGAGAAAAGCAGCAGCUAAUAAUAACAUUAAUUAUGGACUUGAUGAUUUUAAUCAAUUAUUAGAUCAUGAUCAUUCAAAUUUGAACAAUAAUUCAUUGUUCAUUAGUGGCCAGAUUGCUCCUCCUCAUGAUAAUGAUGAUGAGUCAAAAAAAGGGCUGUUUGAGCAAAAUGAUCAAAAUGGUAAUCAUGGAAGUCCUUUAAUUUUCUCAUGCUUAUGUGGACAUUUAGUUCAUUGACUAAUUUUUAAUUGUUUUGUAAUUUUAUUAUUUAUCAUAUUUUUGUUGUGUACUUGGGAUAGAAUAUUAAAUUUGGUUUAAUAAAAGGUGAUUCUUUAUUUUGUUUUAA